CAGGUUCUAUAAAGAGCUACGUAAUGGCGAUUAGCAACAUGUAAACAAUAUGCAGAGCUGAAGCACAUUUUCUCUAUUUGUUAGUUGGAUAUUUUCAUUCUAUUGUGGAAAAAAGAUGGGAUCCGCGAAACAACAGUCAGCUAUUUCAAAGAUUAUGGGACUACUGCAAGAAUGGGAUAAAGGCAGUAAAGUUGUAAGGCAAAAAAUUCUACAAGAUUUCAUUGCACAAAAUCAACAUAAAACAGGACCAGAACUCGAACAGGAAUUUGCACAGGCGGCCAGUCUAUUUCUAACACGACUUACAGCAUGGUUACGAUUAACUUACAUGAUUGGAACCUGUUUAAAUGAUCAGCUGAAGGCAGUCUCAAUAUUUUUAUCCGCAUCAAGUGGACACAAAUACAUGGCAGAAUUUCUGGAAGUUGGUGGAGUCCUCACUCUAUUAGAGAUUAUUGGAUUAAAACAAGCAAAGGAAUUUGACAAGUUAGAGGCACUGCACUGUCUGAUAUGUGUUGCUAAUGCUGGAAGAAAAUACAAAGAGCUGGUGUGUGAGAGUUAUGGCAUAAGAGCUGUUGCAGAGUGUUUAGCAAAAUCUAAAUCUGAAGAGACACAAGAUGCUUGCAGGAACAUCUUACUUAUGCUUGCACAAGGAAAUCCCAAAUUUGAAGUUCAAGUUUACAAGGGACUUAUUGCUCUUUUGCCCUGUAGUUCACCGAAAGCACAACAGAUGGCAGCACAAUCACUCAGAAUUAUACAGCCAAUAGUGAAGAAUGCCAACCCCAAUAUUGUAGAACCAUUGUUAAACCUCCUUAAAACACUGCAUCUUGAGGUUCAGUUUGAAGCUAUUGAGUUGAUAAAGGAGUUGAUGGAAUAUGAAGUGUCCGACACAAUCCUACAGAAACUGGUGUCCCUUCUGAGGCCCUCAAAAGAGGAAACAGUCAAAAGGCCAGAAAUUCUGGAAGAUCCAGAUGUACCCAAAAUAAAUGCACCUUUACCAGUAUUUGUACAACAAGCUGCAGCUGCCAAAUCCAUCGGAAUUCUAUCAAGGGAGUCCAAUGAAAUUGCAGAAAAACUUAUUCAGCUAAGAGUGACCCACAAUCUCCUGUAUGCCAUGGGGAAUAUGGAUUAUGCCGACAGCCAAAGGCAGUCCAGCAUAUCAUUAGAGUACCUUUGUCGGACUUUCCCGAUUGUUGAUGAACAUGUGAAAGAAGCCAUGGGAGAUGCCCUAUAUGAUUUAUUUAUGUCCAAUCCUGAGGGUCUUUAUAUGACGAUGAGUCAUGUCCAGGCAGAUGUUUUAGUGUCUAACAAAGUCAACAUACCUAAAUUGGUGGAAAGAGUGGACUGAUGUCACUGAAUAUUCUCUUUCCUGAUGAAGCUGGAGUGAGAGAUGUAUAAAAUGACACUGAAUAAUACUGUUAAAAUGUGUAUGUUAUAUGUAUAAAUAAAUAUGAAGAAAAAAAUUCA